CAGCGUGCGCCAUUUUCCCCAGAAAGGAAGCGAAGUUUUGUCUAAUCUUGACAAAAUGUCGGGUGAAAAAGAGGCAGAUGAGAUGAAAUCUGAGAGCAAUGAACACAUGAAUGUGACAGUGAAGGGCCAGGAUGGUGGCGUGGUUCACUUCAAAAUAAAGAGGAAUACUCCUUUGAGAAAACUUAUGAACGCUUACUGUGAGAGAUCGUCUGUAGCUGCUAGCAGCGUGAGGUUUAUGUUUGACGGCUCACCCAUCUCAGAAACGGAGACGCCAUCCAGUCUUGAAAUGGAAGACAAUGACUGCAUAGAUGUGUUUCAGCAACAAACUGGUGGUUACCUCCCCUGAAUAGUUACCGGUCAUGCUCAUCACUAUCAUACCCAUUGUACUUUUGAAGUAAUAGUGCCAUGUUACACCCAUUUUGGCUGCUGUUCAUAGCUUUGUUUGCUUCUCAUAUUAUUAUAUAUCGACAUAUCUUUGUUUUAUACUGUACUUCAUGUUCCUGUUGACUUUGUAGAUAAUGUUGAUUGUUUUGUAAUUUGUGGUCACAUCAUGUGUCGUGCUGGUAUUCAUUCAUUCAGCUGGGCUACAUACAAAAAUAACUGUAAUUCUGGUUAAAUUUAGUCUCAAGUGUUUCAAAUUUAGAAAGAAAAGUAUAAUUGUGGUUGGAGAAACUGUUGGCAUUUUCACUUGACUAAGGUUUGAUCUGAUUUUUCUCCGAGGGACCAGAAUUAGCAACACAUCACUCAGAUAAUAUUUCCAUGCUGAAUUUGUAAGGUUAUUUUGUUUCUGUGUUCUUAUGCCUCUGAUGAUAGUUUCUGUGGAAACCGACUAGGUGUGGCAUUUAGAAAAGCUCAUGUUAAUUUGAGUUGUGUAAUGUAAUAACUGAUUUAUAGUUCUAUGAAACACUUCAGUAUUUAUGAUACAAUUGACUUUUCAAAUUCUUGAAAGUUGUAGUGCACUUGGUGUUUUUGCAAGAAUUUAUCAGACAAUAAUUUAGGCAGAUUUUGGUUGCAAUUAACAUGUCACGCUAUCAUUAAUGAACAGCAGUUUGUCAGAUGAAUGAAUCUAAAUAAAAGUACAAAUGUUUA